UUCUUUAAUUCUCCCUUUCUUUCUUUAAUAGCUGCAAUGUCAUGGAAUGCUGGAGACGAUGUGCCGCCCCCAAAACCAUCCCGAGUUCCACAACAAGUCGAUUCCUCCUCAAUGCUAUCAUUGGGAGAAAACGCCAUAGCUCCACCACAAACAUAUAUAAUAGCUCAGAAUGCUGCAGUUUUAGCUCAAUUAAUGCGGGAAAAUGAAAACCGUCCACUGAAUGCUUCAGCUUAUAAUACACCUGCAACGGUAUUCAAUACAUUGGGGGUACAUGUUGAUGUAUCAAAAAAUGAGCCACUUCCAAACGAAAUGCCAAUAUUACCUCUCAAAACGGUAAUGUUGCCUGCAUCAGAAUUACUAAAACUCAAUCCAAUGAUGGAUGAUAAUUCACAUGCUAAUAAGUCAUAUGCUACUAACUCCAUUAAUACUGACGAACAGACCAUGACGUUCGGACCUCAGCUACAAUCACAAAAUGAUAAUGCCAGAGGCAUGCCUCCCAUUUAUCCAACUCCAUGUGAAAUAAUCAACACAAAAACGCAACAAAUUCAUUCCAUUGACCCAAUAUACAAACAGACAUCAAAUCUCUCUCAAUCUACACCAUAUUCUCCAAAUCUACCACCUCUGAAUGGAGAUUCAAGUCAAAAAUCACGGAGCUUGGAGCGAAGCGCAUCGCGAAUAAGUUCGCUAGAUCGUGCACAAAACUCAGCUCAAUUUAAGCAACUUCGAUCAAAUUCUUUAACGCGUCAGUUUAGUUCUGGCACUGAAAUAUCGGUUUGUAACUAUUAUGGUUCUAGUUUCAUUACAAAUUCACGUUCUGGUAGCCUCGAACGUGGUGCUCGCAUUAAAACAAUAAAUUAUGGAUUUCGAACGAACAGUUCGGAAUGUGGAAGUCAAAUUUGUCCACAAAAAUUUCAAGGAGAAAGUCUCGAACGAAAUCAAUCUGUUGGAAAUAGCCACAGUGUGAUCAACAUGCGAAACUUCCAACGUGGUAGUUUAGAACGAAAUCAUCAAGUUUCAGCAGAUCCGUCUGUUCUAACUUAUAAAUCACAUCCUAAUAAAGCUAUGGAAGCUACGGAACCAUUCCAAGAGGCCAUAUAUGACUUUGGCGGUGCUAAUGUGAAGAGUUGUGCUAGUAUUGCACUUAGCAAAAGUAUUUCUAAAGGACUUAUUCCACCUGGAAAAUGGACAUCUAUCUCGAAUCAAACCCAAAAUAUUAACACGUCACCAAAUUUGAGCUUUCAUCCAGCUAAUAGUAAACCAGCAAAUUUCCGAGGUUUUUAUUCAAUGGAACUUGUCCAGAUUCUUUACAUUAUUUUUUUCUUUCAAUUUUUCAAAAAAAAACUUCAUACCUAUUUAUUUUCAAGUUUUGGAUAUGUCUCCAGAUAUUUAUAAGACCUCUCAUCAAAUUUUUCCAUAAAAUAAAACUGUUGUAGGGAAUGAAAGAAGUUUUUCAAGGAGACCCUAACAUGUUUACAUUUUUGCCACUAUAUACAAAUCAAAUGUAACUUAGUGGCGCUAGUUUCUACGUUAGGGGAUUUCACUUGGACGUAUUCUUUGUUUAGGGACUUCGAUGAUCUUGAUUCUCCCGAUUCAGGCAGACUAGUAGGUUUUUCGUUCGUUGUUCGUAAUUACUCUCACAGAAUUAUAGUUUGGUCUAAUGAAUAGUGACUAAUAAGAUAGUUACUACUUAUUACUAGUAACUUCCAAUAACUAGUAAUGUAAUAAUAAUUUAUCUAGUGAGUAUAGUUACUAGAAUGUUAUUAGUCGAACGAGUAAUAAGAUGCACGCAGACGUAUGCAAGUCGAAAAUCCUAGAGGGGGUAAAAAAAAUUGGCACAUGGGGGUCUAAAAAUUUUGUCAAUGGGUGUCGAAAAAAAAGUGAAGACCUAAAAAAAGGUCCUCACUUUUGAAAGUCGAUUCUAUCUAGUGUAAAACAGUCUAAAUCGCUCGAAGGGGGUCUCCGAUUUUCAAAUCCUAGAUGGGAGGUAAAACCGGAAACCCACCUUGAACACGUCUGGAUGCACGGCAUCUUUUUAGUAUUGUUAUUGGAUGAAAUGUAUCAGUAAUAAGAUUCGGUGAAGUUAUUGUAUUUGGAUGUUUAAAUUAAAAUUAACAAUCGAUUUAUUUAUAAAAAUUAUAUUGAUAUAACGAAUAACGAACAACGAACGAACAUUCCAUUUUCUCAAUUUAAAAAGACGUUCGGAAAGAGAAACAAAUAGGGGAAGGUCCCCACCAAUUCGGAACGCACAUCGAAAUAAUUUGAAAGAAUUCUAAAAAAUCAACAUUUUUCCAAAUUCUAAAGUUAUACGACUUAGUAAAUGUAAAAACCUCACUUUUGAACCUUGCCGCUUGUUGAAAUUCGAAUCAGUUGAAAAAAUGUACCCUGUUGGCUAGGGGUGAUCAAUUUUCAAAAAAAAAAGGAUUCAAAAUUUAAUAGUGCGGGAUCGAAAGAUCAUGAGGAGAGAUGAAAAUUUUGUUCCGGCACUUUUUUGAUAUAUAGUGCCUGGUGUCACCCCGGAUUUUUUUUGAAAAUCACCUAAAAAAUGACCAUUUUUCGACAUAUUGUCGCAAUUUGCUCUAAAUGUAAUGCAUAAACAUACCGUUUUUUUGCCGUAAUUCGGCAGCUCGUAACAAACUACGUUGAAUAGGAUCGAUUUACAGCGAUUUAUUCCAGGAUAUUCAAAAAAAAUAGUGUCAAUUUGCCAAAAAUCGCCGAAAUUUGUCAUUUUUCUGUAUAUUUGCCCAUUUAUGGUGAUCCAGUCCACUAUAAAUCAAUCUAAAAAUACCUCUAUCCGACUCAGUUUGUUCCUAGCUAUCGAUAUAACGCCAUAUCACAACUCAAAAUGUGCCUCUGGACAUGGAUAGAGCAACAAAUAU